AUGGAUGUGAAGCUUUUAGCAGUCCUGGCUGCGCUUAUGUUAUUGGCAUGUGCACCACAAUCAGAAGGAAAGCCCAUCAGCCUGGUGGAGAGAUGUUACUGCCGCUCCACAGUCAACAACCUCCCCAGGUCCUACAUCAGGGAGCUGCGGUUUAUCCAGACGCCCAACUGCCCCUUCCAAGUGAUCGCAAAAUUGAAGUCAAACAAAGAGGUGUGCGUGAACCCUGAAAUUCGGUGGCUGCAGCAAUACCUGAAGAAUGCUAUCAACAAGAUGAAGAAAUCCAAACAGGCUGCUUAA